AUGGCAUCCGCAACAGGCGUGCCCGAGCAGAAUCCAGCCUUGGAGGAGGAAGAGCCUCUCUUGGGCCGUCCUGGAGACGUCACCCAACGGCCCGGUCAGGGACUCCAGUUCAACUUCAUAACAGGGACCGCCGUCCUCGCCCAGGCAGGUAUAGUCAUCCUCACGGCUCUGGUGUGGGCAGCCGUGUUCCAAGCCGACAUCAUCUUGUUCUCCUACCACCCACUGUUGAACUCGUUGGCCAUCCUCCUGCUCGUCCAGAGCGUGCUGGUCCUGCAGCCCACCGCCACGCAAAAAGACAAAGUCAACGGGACAUAUGCACAUGCAAUCUUCAACGGCCUUGCCGUGGCUGCACUUAUCGCCGGUCUGGUGAUCAUCGAAAUCAACAAAGCGUCGCAUCCAAAGACUCGUUUCCAAAGCGUCCACGGCAAGCUGGGAUUGGUGGCCUACAUUCUCAUCUUCCUUCAAUGGCUGGUCGGCUCCACGUCCUUUUUCGUGCCCAAACUGGUCUACGGCACCGAGGACCGCGCGAAAUCGCUGUACAAGUACCACAGGGUUGCCGGUUACACACUGCUGGUCUAUUUGCUGGCUGUGGUCGCAGUAGCCACCACCACACCAUUCAACGUCAACGUCCUGCACAUCAAGCUGUGGGCCGUGGUCGUGGCCAGUGUUUUGGUCUUGAUUGGAGUCAUUCCUCGGAUCAAGAAGCACAAGCUGGGAUUCUGA